UCAGUUGUUAUUCAGUGUUGGUGUGUGGCGGUCUGGCUGUUUAUCCUACAAAUGUGUUAAUAAGCUGCUAGGCAUAUUUCCUAAGUGAAUGUUUUCCAAAACCGCUACAAUAAAAAUUUAAUUAUUUAUUGUCAAAGAUCAAUAACAAUAUUUUACGGACAAUAAUAAAUCAUGCCUGUUGCGGAAUUUUUAAAUCGUUAUUUUUGCACUAAACAGGUGCAAGUAUUCUGUUUUGAGGGUGGCCCAUAUUUUGAUUUUGCCUUCUGGAGUUUAGCAUCGCUCUUGUCGAUUGCCUUAUUCUAUAAAUGGCGUGAAGGGCCUUCAUAUAAAAAACCCAAUCGAAUCGAUGGCAAAGUUGUCAUUGUCACCGGUUGCAAUACGGGAAUUGGCAAAGAAGUUGCUCUGGAAAUGGCCAAACGAGGAGCUCGAGUCUAUAUGGCUUGUCGUGAUUUUAAUAAAUGUGAAAAGGCCCGACGAGAAAUUGUACUACUUAGCGGUAACACGAAUGUCUUCAAUCGAAUUUUGGAUUUAAGCUCAUUGCAAUCGGUACGUGAGUUUGCCGAAAAGUUCAACAGCGAAGAGCGACGUCUGGAUAUUUUGGUGAAUAAUGCCGGUAUUAUGGCGCCACCACGUAAAUUAACUACCGAUGGAUUUGAACAACAAUUUGGUGUUAAUCAUUUGGGUCACUUUCUGCUAACGAAUCUCUUGUUGGAUAAAUUAAAGGCUUCGGCACCCAGCCGUGUCGUGGUACUCAGUUCAUUGGCCCACAUAUUUGGACGCAUACAAAAAGAUGAUAUCAACAGUGAGCAGAGUUAUGAUCCUUUCAAGGCCUAUGCCCAAAGUAAAUUGGCCAAUAUUCUAUUUACGCGAAAAUUGGCCAAAAUGUUAAAAGACGCCAAAGUGGAUGUGAAUUGUCUGCAUCCCGGUUCGGUACAAAGUGAAUUAUCACGUAAUAAUAUUCUACUGAAAGUGUUUUCGGCAAUAUUUUCGAAAUUUAUUUUACGUUCGACUAAGGGUGGCGCCCAAACUGUUUUAUACUUGGCCCUGGAUCCUGAUAUGGAAGGUAUUACUGGUGGCUAUUAUGAUCGUAUGGAAUUGGCGCCGCUAACGAGAAAAGCCCGAGAUGAUGAAAUGGCCGAUUGGCUGUGGAAGAAAAGCGAAGAAAUGGUUGGCCUUAAGAAGAGUGAUUGAUAUUUAAAUUUUGGCAAAUUAAAUUAAUAAAAACUGCAAAGCAAUAGUUAAAA